UUUUGUACUUAUUGUCAGCGUUGUGUAAAUUCGUCGAGCCAUGUGCCGAUUUUGAUUAUUUAACUUAAAGAUACCUUUAAUAUUAAUCUUGUGAGAUAGGUGGCUACGCGUCUAGCAUCCGUUUUGGAUAGCUUCGUUAACCGGUCUUUGGUUAGGUCUAGGAGAAUAUGAUUAAUAACACAGCACGUGAUCGAAUACUAAAAUGUGCACUUGACCAGAUCCCGCUCAGUCAUCAUCACCACUACCUCCAUCAUGACUACGCAAAGGGAAGUAUUAUCGUUAUACAAGCAGCUACUCAACAAGGCAUACAAGUUUGACAACUAUAACUUCAGAGAGUACGCCAAGAGAAAGAUCACACACUCUUUCAAGACCAACAAGUCUGUGACUGAUGGUGAAAGUAUUACCCAACUAUACAACGCUGGUAUUGACAGCUUGGCCCAACUACACAGACAGGCUACCAUCUCAGGAAUGUUCACAUUUGACAAGUUGGUUGUUGAGCCAUUGAAGAAGCAUCAUUAAGCAUGGGUCUUCGAGACAAGUCCACACAUUGAAGUUUCAACCGAGAAGAACCACCAACAUGUGGCUCAAGACAGGAAUAUAUUAACCUCCGUCUCAAAUGGGGGUUCAAUCGAUUCUUCGCUUGUUUGGAGGUGUUGUUGAGUAUGUCACGUACAGGCCAAAUGGGUGGCAAGGCUCGUUGUAUUUAACAUAAACGUAUAUAGUCAAAAUAAUAUGAUAAACCGAUAGUACAACAUCGAGCUAUGGUAAAAACUUGGA